AUAGAAUCUAUUUCGGAGCGCGGUGACAGGAGUUUCCGUAUCUGUUUUGGAAAUGAAGCCAAAAGACGUUUAUCGUACACACAAUGGGAAUAAGGAAGACGAAGUGGCGUAGAGGACCGACGUAGUAAUGGAAAUAAGGACAAUUGGCGUAGACGACGCAGUGGAAGCACGAACUAUUGACGGGUGGUUUUUGAUGCACGUCGGCAGUAGAGUUGAGUAGCCUGUUGCCGCUCAUCCGCUACAUCAACAUCAGCUGGCUAAACUUUAGAGAGCUGCACAUAUGUGGACUACAUGUCUGUGCAGUGAAAGAAAAAAAAAAAAUGGUACCUACUGGUACAAUGAUAAGGUGGCCUACUUGUCGCAUUUACGCUUCCUCCACUUGCGCGCAAGCAUCGAGCAAAGUUUGUGGGGUGAAGGGAAGUAUUUGUCUGGGCAUGUCUUUCAGAAAGACAAAGGGAGGCUACUGGCACAAAAGAAAAACACGACGUGUGGGUGUUCGCAACCCGAAGAACUACAGCAUCAAUAUAUAAGGUGGUAGUUAGCAGCACUACAACAACUCAAAUUCAUGAAAAUCUUCUUUCCACCACUUCUCGUCCAAGAACAAGAUCCAAAGCGACUGCUGCUCGGUUAUUUCUAGGUCGUCGGUUGUAGCAGCUUCAAUAAUUAUGAUCAAUGAAUAGGAAUUGGCAGUGUCCGUGACUAGGCCCGCAGACAAAUGGAUCACGAAGUGCGAACGUGCUCUUUCUAUCGGUGCCGGUGCUCAGCACAAAUGGAGCACGACCACAAAAGAUCAUCCACUGGAAAUGACGAGACAAUGUUGAAUUUCAUCCGGUGCACAGAUCGUUGAGUGCCUCUUCGUCACCGACUCCUAGAAUUUCCCACUUCAUCAAAAACAACCGCGCCAGCAUAAUAACACUCGUCUACCUACAACUUCUCCAUCGGAAAGUAAGCUGCAGAAGCUUCAUUCCUUUCUGUAUUUCCAAAUUUUACCACUUCUCUUCAAACCAAAAACCACAAACAAAGCCUAAGGCUCUUCGAUACAACGACAUUCUCUCACGAGCAGAGCGCAUCGUAGGAAUUGAAACUGCAAAGUGGUCCGAAAGAGCCCAAUUUUGAUAUUCUAGCGAAGAGUGAUAAGUACUUCGAGACUCCAUUCAAAAUGGUCGUAGCUAUGAAAAAAUCCGCUGCCUUUGCGGCCGCGUUGGCGCUGUUUUCUGCCACGAAUUCCGUCGAGGGGCGCGAGUUGCUGUCGUUUCUCAACCGCCGCAACGAGGCCAACACAGCGGACGACGAGAACUCGUCCUCGACCUACGCGAGAAUGAAGCCGCACUUGCCUCGACGCUCUUUGCUGGGAAGUAAAACCCAUGGCAUGAGGAAACCUUCUUCGAACAACAUGGACGAGACAACUGCGAACUACAAGGAUCAAGAUUCGCUCGGUGACGAAGACAGUAACAGUAUGGAUUUUGAUGCAUCGAAUGCUGCCGCGGCCGCUCCGGCUGAGGAUUACCAGAACGGCCAAUCUCCCAUGAUGGUUGGUGGCAUGGGUGGACUUCCGCCGAAGGAAUUGCAGCAAAAUGACGAAGGCGAAGGGGGCAGCAACGACGCCGUGCCGUCUGCGAAUGAUGCCGCGGCCGCUCCGGAGGUGGAGCAGCAAAACGGCCAAUCUCCCAUGAUGGUUGGUGGCAUGGGUGGACUUCCGCCGAAGGCAUUGCAGCAAACUGACGAAGGUAGCAGCAACGUGAGCGACAUGAUGAUGUUUUCGAAUGAUGCCGCGCCCGCUUCGGCUAAGCUGCAAAACGGCCGCUUUCGCAUGAAGCUUGGUGGUAUGGGUUCACUGCCGCCGGCGGAAUUUCAAAAUAACGGAGUUGACAGUGAUGAUAUGGGUUUGGAUUCUGCCGCGCCCGCUCCGGCCGAGCAGCAACGCGUGCGCGGCCAUCCUCGCGUGAUGGUUGGUGGCAUGGGUGGACUGCCGCCGAAGGAAUUUCAAAAUAACAAUGUGCUUUCGAUCAAGAAACAGGGUGCCGAAAAAGCCGGUGAUGCCGCCGCCGAGGAAGACGACUUCGACAACGGUGAAAACUGAUCUCGUCACGGAAGAACGGGACUUGGGUUCGUCAUCGUCUUGAACAGUUUUAUGGAAGAUCAUGAAGUGCCUCGCUCAGCCUCCUUUAUCACGAGGAGCUAGAAGAGCAUUUGGUCUGUACGUUGUACCGGCACUUCACGAGCCUGAAGUGACGCUAAGGGUUUGUGCUGUGUGUUUUGAUCGCCAAUUGACAGGCGCCCAGAGAAAAAGUACGCGAAGAAACUCCGCAUCCUCCUGGGCAAGUACUGAUUCGAAGUCGGCGAUGAAACACAAUUCACAAAAAGAUAUAAAGAAGAAGCAACAAUCGCAGACUGCUGAGCCUCCUUAUGUAAGGAGCGCCGUCGUGACUGUGACCACAACAAUCUGUGUACUAUGCGUUUUGGAAAUGAAGUGAGAGAUUUUUAUCGCACCAUAAAUGGAGAACAGAAGUCGUAGUAGGGGUACGAAUUUAUUGACUGUCGACGGUCUACUUGUUAGCACACCAGCUGCAGACUGGCCUGUCGCCGGUCAACCACUACAUCUUGUCGCCAAAAAGAACUUGAUGCACGUUCAUGUAUUUUUGCGAUGCAUUUAUUGACCUGGCUGCAGAUGUUGAAGUACUACAUGUAGGAUUAGAUGAUUGUAUUUGUAAAUCGCCCGACAUGAACUACAUGUCUGUGCGGUGACGAGACGGGAAGUAGUACAAAUAAAUGAAGUAACAU